GAAGUUAUGCAGCUUUUUUUUGUCAGAGCUGUUCCUGAAGCCUGAGCAGGGCGCCAGCCCUAAACCGGCGAUGGGAGCGUGCUGCAGCUGCUGCUGCCGAAAGAGCAAAGAGGAGGAGGAAGACAGAAAGUUCAAGAAAGGUGGGGACAACGACUUGUCCAAUGGUCCUGUGACAAAGCGAAGCUGCACUGAUCUCUGGUGCUUGAUAGUUUUGCUGGCGGCAUGGGUGGCCUAUGUGGUGGUGACAAUGGCAGGACUUCAAGACGGAGUGCCUUCCAAACUAUACCUACCCAGGGACUAUAGCGGAGCAUAUUGCAACCUCGAGGAAAAUUGGAAUAGCGGACCAAACCUUAAAGGUUUCGAGUUCCUCAGCUACACCAUGAAUGCGACCGCAACCACAGACCUGAUCGUGAAGCAGCUUCUUUGCUCCAGUGCUGUGAGUGACUUUUUCAGCACUUCCUACGGAAGCAGUUCAACAGAGUACAACGAGUACCUUUGUGCAUGCUGCCUCACUCCGUGUGCACGCUGCGAAGGAAGCUUUGAUGUCGGAGGGGAUUUGACCUCUGGCGACCUGGAGAGCACAGUCACCUCCAAACUCGCUGACUUGAAGGGAUCCACCAACCCUUCCAGCCUUUUCUCUGGUGGUGGCGCAAAUGGAGAUAUCUUCACUGACAUGUGGAGCCAGGCCACCAAGUACUUCAAUUUGGUGUGCCUGUCAUCUUGCAGUGUGAGUUUCGAUUCAGUGAACAGCACUACGGAUACAGCAAUUCGAGAGUGGACAUACACGAUGUCCGAUGACAGCCCCAUGAAGGUGUACUGGGAAGCCUUGAAAACUACGGGGCCGACCUACAUCCAGGACACCAUCACUAGCCAAUUCAAGUUCAAGGCCCUUCCUACCUCACUAUGCCCAUAUAGCGCGGAGAAAUGCAUACCGAUGCCUGGUGUGGAGUUCAAAGAGUUGUACGCUGGAUACUGCAGCUUUCAGAUGAGCGCAGCCGUGGUGGAUGCGAUGGGUUCUGCUGCCACCGCAGUGUUUGAAAGCUCUGGCCUGGCGUCUUUCCAAGACAGUUCCACGGAGACAUUUGGAAAGUGGAUGGGGGACUUCGAGAAGUCGCUCCCAGCAUUUGUGCUUGUGGCUUUCUUAAGCUUUCUGAUUGGCUUCAUCUUCAUGGUCUUGCUGCGCUUUUUGAUUCGACCCUGUGUUUGGUUUGCAGUCUUUUUGGUGCUUCUCAAGCUGUGCGUUGGUGGUGGCCUGUGCUGGGUCCGCAGCAAGCAAUGUGCAGGUGCUGGGCUCUUUGAAACUGGCCAACAGGUGGCCGUAGCAGUCGCAGUUACAGCCACCACUGCUGCUUCCAACGCCGUGUCUGGUCAAUCAACCAGUGAAGCAUUCACAGGAGACGGAGCAGACUACCGGGGUGUACAGAGCCGAACAAAGAUGGGAUAUUCGUGCGAAGUGUGGGGCCAAGGUGCAGCUGCGGCCUACACUAGUACGACAUAUCCAAGCUCAGGUUUGGUUGACAACAAUUUCUGCCGCAACCCGUACAACACCAACGACAUCAACAAAGCUGCAACAAUAUGGUGCUUUACGACCGAUACCAGCGUUAAGUGGCAAACCUGCACACCUGUGGGUGUGAUUGCUCCAGAGUGCACCGAUGGAUAUGCCAUCACCAACAACGAUGUCAGAACUCUGCUGGAAAUCUGCGCCUAUGUUCUUUGGGUUUUGGCCGCUAUCUAUUGUCUACUGGUGUGCUGUCUCCUCGACAGGAUUCGGCUCGCCAUUGCAGUCAACCAGGUGGCGGCAAUAUUUGUGAAAGACACCCCCAGGAUUCUAAUUGUGCCCGCCAUCCAAGCGGGUAUUGGCAUCCUGUGGAUCCUGCUCUGGGCACUCUCUGUGAGCUUUCUGGUCUCUCAAGUUCCUGAUGGCUACACUUCAAAGGAAGCUUAUCUUACCUAUGAGGAAGCCUAUGGAACAGCCACAACGCCAGGAAAAUGCACGGACAAGUGGCCCACAGGGAGCGUUUACAAGUCCGAGACUUGUGAAUUGGUCAAUGCCACCGUGGGCUAUGCAUGCUGGAGGUGCUCACCUCCACGUUACAUCUUCGACUGGCGAUUUUUUGUUUCGCUCUUCGUUUUCUUUUGGAAUAAUGCCCUGAACAUUGCCAUUGGGCAGUGCCUCAUUGCUGGCGCGGUUGGGGUGUGGUUCUUCACUAGCAAUGCAGACAAAGGAAGCCGACGAGUCAUCGCACAAUCGACUUGGAAUGUUUUCCGGUACCACUUGGGCUCUUUGGCAUUUGGUUCCUUCAUCAUUGCAGUAAUCCAACUGAUCAGAGCGAUCCUGAAAUACUAUGAGAAGCAAGCCAAGCAAGCAAAGAACAGAGUGCUGGUCCUCAUCCUCAAGAUCUGUGGCUGUUUGAUUUGGUGCUUCGAGAAGUGCGUGAAAUUCCUCAACAAGAACGCCUACAUCCAAAUUGCGUUAAUGGGUACCAACUUCUGCACAUCAGCCAAGAAAGCCUUCUUUCUGAUUCUCAGAAAUGCCUUCCGCUUCGGUACCGUUGCAAUCCUUGGCGCCAUGAUCAAUGUCAUUGGAUUCCUUUUCAUUAUCGCAGUGAGUGUUGCCCUGGGGUACGUGAUUCUCACCGGACUCUAUCCUGAAGUUGCACCAGCUGUUUCUCUCGUUAUCUAUGGGUGCACGGCCUAUGUGGUUGCGAAGCUUUUCAUGAAUGUCUUUGGCCUUGCGGUUGACACGACUCUGCAGUGUUUCCUCGCCUGUGAGGAGAUGGAUCUGCAUGGUGAUUUCGUGCCGUCUUCAAUGAGCAGGUGGCUGGACAAGUCUAAGCCAAUUGGCGCUGAUGACGAUGACGACUGAGAGGCUGUAUCCUUUGUCGAAAUAGCCAUCAAUUUGCAUCAAAUUGCGUGAUUGAAAUAGUACUUUACUACACUUCCCCGCUGUUUCAACAAGACUUGCAGCUUCCACGUGCCGGAGAUAUGCGU